AUGCCGGAGGCCGAGCUGAUACGCAAAGUGCCAGCCGCGUCAGAGAUUGCGAGGAAGAUUAUCAAGGCCCUGGAGAAAGGGCACACGUACAUCACAGUGGACUUUCAAAGCUCGCUCCUUUUGAAUAACAUGCGUGGGCCCAGCCCACGCCAUUGGUCCCUCUAUGAUUUCAUCCUAGGGCUGAUCGCAGUAGUGGGCUGGUGGUGGGCUCGACUGGAUUUUGACAGAAGAAUCCGGCGAUAUGGUCAUGCUAAGGGCUAUUCACGGCAAUGA